AUCCAGCCAGAAUCCAGACACUGGGAAUCAGAUGUGAGAACUGUCUCCUGCAGAAGUCCGGAUUCAUAAGCAGUACUCCAAAAACUCCUUAGUCCGACUCAGGAUUCAUCUCCAAAAAGGCAGUGAACUUUGUUACUGAGGAGCUCAUCUCAGAGUCAGGACAAUGAUAAAAAAGGUGUUGCUGGGGAUCCUGUGCUUUGGUGGCAUAUUGACCAUAGGUAUCCUGAUCGGUCACUUUGGUAUCAAACAGAACGUCGAUUCGGGGCCAGUCUGGGUGAAGGAUGUGAUGAAGGAUGUGGACGAGAGCUUCAUUGAGCAGUUCUUGUCUGAGGUGAAUAACAUCAACAUUCAAGAAAACCUAAGGCAGCUGACAGAAGUCCCCCAUAUGGCCACCAGUCCUGGAGACGAGAAGACGGUGCAGCUGAUGCUAAAGAGGUGGCAGGAUCCCGACUCGGGUCUGGACGCGGCCUGGAGAGAAGAGUACAUGGUCUACCUGUCUUUUCCUGACGCUAAAAAUCCCAACAAAGUCACAGUAGUGAACUCGUCUAAUAGUGUGCUGUACACUGUUAGAGAAAAAGAGAAGGUUUACACCCCAGACCAAGAAAAUCCUGAAGUGGUUCAGCCAUACGCCGCAUACUCUCCCGCAGGAAAGCCAAAGGGGAAGCUGGUUUUUGCCAAUCAGGGGAAAGCGAGCGACUACGCGCUCUUGAACAAGACAGUGGACCUCAGAGGGACCAUCGCUAUCACCAGAUACGGUGGCGCAGGAAGAUCAGCUAAGGCCAUCAAUGCAGCACCCUACGGCGUCAUUGGUGUGCUCGUAUACACGGAUCCUUGGGACAUGAACGAUGGCCUCAUGUCAGACGUCAACGAGACGUACCCUCACUCCUGGUACUUGCCUCCCUCCGGUGUGGAGAGAGGUUCCUACAACGUUAUGUUUGGAGACAUGCUCACACCCUACCUGGCUGCCAAGGAGGACACUUACAGAAUUCCAAAGGAGGACAUCACAGGGAUCCCUCCCAUUCCGACUCAACCGAUUGGAUUUGAGGAUGCCGAAAAAUUAAUCUGUGAGUUGGGCGGCACUAAAGCUCCAGACUCGUGGCAGGGAGGAUUCAAGUGUGCGUAUAAUUUCGGUGGGCCGGGGUUCAAACCCACAUCUCCCUUCAAUGACAGUGAUGUGAAACUAGAAAUCUUCAACUCUGAAACUCUGAAGAACUCCUCCAACGUGAUGGGAAUUAUCAGAGGAAGCGUCGAGCCAGACCGGUAUGUGAUCUAUGGGAACCACAGGGACAGCUGGGUGCACGGUGCCAUCGAAUGCAGCGGGACCGCAGUCAUGCUGGAAUUGAGCAGGGUGCUGGGCACGAUGGUCAAACAGGGCAAAUGGAGGCCUCGGAGGUCCAUUAUCUUUGGGAGUUGGGGAGCAGAGGAGUUUGGCCUCAUUGGGUCGGCGGAAUACACAGAGCAAUACUUCACCAAGCUCAGUGAGCGCACUGUUGCUUACAUAAACGUGGACAUAGCUGUGUUUGCCAAUGCCACUCUCAGAGCUUCAGGGAUGCCGUCAAUGCAGAAUAUCAUCUUCAAAGCUUCACAACAGGUCAAUGCCCCUGGACUGGGAUCUACGACUGUGUACGACAACUGGAUCCGUUACUCCAACAGAUCGAGUCCGGCCCAUGGAUUAAUUCCAAGGAUGGGAUAUCUGUCAGGAGCUGGGAGCGAUUAUGCUGCCUUUGUCCAUUACCUGGGAAUCGCUGCUGUGGACAUUUCGUACACAUAUGACAGGACUAAAACAAAUGCUCGGAUUUACCCUGCGUACCACACAGCGUACGAUACCUUUGACUAUGCCUCAAAAUUCAUUGACCCUGGGUUCACCAGUCACCAGGCCAUUGCCAGGACGGCGGGAAAUGUUCUCAUCCGACUGGCUGACAGUCUGGUGUUGCCACUCAGCUACACUGACUACGCUGAGAUUCUGGAGGCUUACCUAAAGACUGCAGUGGACCUAUAUGAGGUCAAACUUCAAGAGAAAAAUGUGUCUAUGGAAUCACUAAAAAAUGCAGUUGUAAGCUUUCGCCGCGCAGCCGAUGGUAUGGAGCAGACGAUUCGCAAUUUGGACCUGGCCAAUGAAACGCCGCUGGUGGUACGAAAGAUCAAUGACCAGCUCAUGCUGCUUGACCGGGCUUUCCUGAACCCUCUGGCCUUCCCAGACAAAUAUGCAUUCAGGCACGUUAUCUGGGCUUCAAGUAGCGCCGGCAAGCCCACCUUCCCUGGCCUGGCUGAUGCCUUCGCCGCCGCUAAUUCAUCUGUAGCGUCCGGCGAUUGGAGCAAAGUCCACUACCACCUGUCGGUGCUGAGCCAAGCCAUCGAUGGCGCCGCCAGCACACUGACCGAAGUGAUAUAGGCACAAGCGACGGUGGAGGAAACGCACUAACUCAGGAAUUUAAUCAUGCGACACAUGUCUAGAAAGCACUGAUGCGUCUGUUUAUGAAUGAUGUCAUGUAAAAGGGGGACGUGGGAAUCACUGGUGUGAUGAUGUCUCCUAUCUUUGUCACAAGAUUAAUAUGUAUUUAAAUAUCCUGUGUAAUUUUCAUUAAAAGGGGACUACUUUCUCUCA